UUUCUCUUUUACAGAACAUUAAUUAUUGGCUCGAUAAUUUGAAGAUUUCGCUGUGAAAUCGUCACUUUCUGAGGUGGAUUCGCGCAUAACAGGUGGAAAUGUUUUCCACGGCUGUGAGUCACUUCGUAAAAGCGGUGGGAAAGGACAGUUUUAUUCCUGUUCCUUCCCUCGAUGUCGCCGACAAUGUGAAGCUUUUGCAGGUUGUCGUCAAGAAGAACCGCUACUGGUUUUGGCAGAAGCCGUCUUAUUUACCCACAGAUUUUAGUUUAAACGACCUUCUUAAGGACAAUGGCAAUGUCUCUCUGCCUGCCAAGGGUGAAUUGUUGGUCGGCGACUAUAACCCUUCAUACAGCAUCUCUGUCAACGGGAAAUUUGGUGCUGCACUUUGCAAGGAACUUAUCCAUGUUGAAGUUGAUGCUGACGACGAAGUGAAGCUAGACGUGAAUUUCGGAGAUGUGGAUAAAUACGAAGUUAAUAAUAUCCCGAAAUUGCUCAAGGAGUUGGAAUCAGUGCAUUUAGAUUUGAACCAUCCAUAUGUGAAACAGGUUCAGAAGAAUUCGUACAAGACCCUGUGUCUGAUUGUUGGCGUGGCCAAACUGACAAAAGAUUCAGAACUCCACAGUGAACUGAAGCUGGACAAUGGAGCAGAAGCCAACAUGGCUAUGGCUUCAGGGAGGGCCCGACUUUCUGUGGACGAUGAUAAAACCAAGAAGUUCACAAUCCCCAAGGGAACGGCGAUAGCAUACAACGUGUGCGAGCUGAUGAUCAGCAGGUCAGGAGAGAUACAGCUUGUGGUGGUGGAAGGGCUCCAUGGGGGAUUUGGGGCGGAAGAUGAUGUGGACUCCCCUCGGAACCCCGUACUGCCAGCAACAGAUGAAUCCUCAGUGCUUUUAUUCAAAGGAAUUCUCUCGAUGUCCAAAGAAGAGCGUCAAACUUUCACUGACAAUAUCCUGGAGAUCUUAGCUACUCCUCGGCUCAUAGAACCCAUCUUGAUGCAGUUGAAAGCUGCUUAUCGAACGGUGAACCAUGUUCGAAACUCACGCUGUGAUAUAAGCAUAAAUAGUCUGCGAAGGUCAAUUGUCUCCAAGAAGGACACUUGGAAAGAAGUUCUGGCGACAGCUGGAUUCGAAUUUAAGGAUGACGAAAAAGUAUCUUACCCCACCGAGAAUGAUGAGAAACUGGAAUCAUGUCGAGGGUUGUUUAAAGCCCUGAUAGAACUGGAUGACGAUGAAAUCGCAGCAUUAAGGAGAUGUAAUGCUAGUCUGGCCACACCUCUGGAUAAUUUGCUUCACGAUGUGAUCCUCAAGAAACCAGGGAUCAAGAAGGACAGUGAACGUUACUCACCGAUUUUUGAGAAGGGGUGUGCCGCUCUGGAUUUGUUGAAGGAGCUGGGUUUUAAAAUCACUGAUAAUGCGGUGGAGCCACCACGAGAAAACCAGUACAGUUUACAAGCUGCUCAGCGCGUUAUCUUUGCUUUGUGGGGCACGACCAAAAUGUGAACAUUCCACAUCAAGGUCAAACUGGACGCGUGACUGGUGAAGGUGAUGCACGUGUGAAUCCAGGCAUCAAUAAGGAGGGGUUGGCUCUUCAACAGUUUAUUAAACUCUCUUUUCGUUAAUGCAAAACAUUGUAUUCCGUACUAAAGUUGAGUACUGUUUGGGUGGGGGGGUUGGCAAAAGCUGUGUGGUAGAACAGUAAGCAGCAGCCUGCAUUCAGUAUGUUAAAAGGAUGCAAAUAUCAGUGCUCUUUAUUCACAUGAACAUGUUCUUGUAAACAAUUUUAAUAAGAAAGUCAUAGUAUUUGUUUGAAAAUGUUUAGUUCAGCUUUAUCCUGACAUAAAUUGAGACAACAUAAAAUUGAGACAAAAAUAAAAAAUGAAUGGGUUUUAUAUCUACAAAUAGAUAAAGAAACUGAAUCAACGACGGUCGGAAAAAUAUUGCAGAAGCGGAUAAGUUAUUGUUCGUGUCCAUGUAGGGUAUGUUAUUUGCAUAGUUUUAAGCAUAUCAGCACAAUAAUACCAUAGUGGGAUAUAUUGAAAUCUCUCUUAAGACUGCUGUCUAAAAUUUUUCCCUCAAAACUGUUGUUCUAGUAGUAUUAUGAAGUCCUGCUUGAAGUGUGGUCCAAGAUGUACAUGUAGCC